AUGAUUAAGACGUUUCGGAAAAGUAAAAGACUGUCGAGUAAUUCAAGUUCACCCAAGAAAACAAUAUCUCGAGUAUCAUCAACUUCAAGUAAUCAAACAUCUCAUGAUGGAAUAUUACAAUCACCUAAAAAAGUCAUUAGAGCUCUAUAUGAUUAUGAACCUCAAGGUCCUGGAGAAUUGAAAUUUUUCAAAGGAGAUUUUUUCCAUGUAUUAGAUGAUGUUGAUGAUGAAUUACAUAAAGAAGCGGAAGCUAAUGGAUGGAUAGAAGCAACAAAUCCAAUGACUCAACUUAAAGGGAUGGUCCCCAUUAGUUAUUUUGAAAUAUUUGAUCGAUCUCGUCCUACAGUUACAGCAUCAUCAAACAGUUUUACAAAUUCCAUUGAUAUUCAACAUCAACAUCAACAUCAACAAGGAAUUCACAAUGGAACAGGAAAUCGAAAUUUAAAUCAAACAUUAUAUGCUGUUACACUAUAUGAAUUUAAAGCUGAACGAGAUGAUGAAUUGGAUAUAAUGCCUAAUGAAAAUUUAAUUAUUUGUGCACAUCAUGAUUAUGAAUGGUUUAUUGCCAAACCAAUAAAUCGAUUAGGUGGACCAGGUUUAGUACCUGUUUCUUAUGUUAAAAUAAUUGAUCUUUUAAACCCCAAUUCUCAUUAUACAUCAAUUGAUACAUCAAGGCGAUCACAAGUCAUACAAGUAAUCAAUGGAUUUAAUAUACCGACAGUAGAACAAUGGAAAAAUCAAACUGCCAAAUAUCAAGCUUCAACAAUCCCCCUUGGUUCAAUAUCAGGAAGUGGUACUCCACCAACAUCAGCUAAUUCACAAUAUUUUGAUAAUCAUACUAUGACUUCAAAUCGAUCAUCACUGGGUUCAUCAAUUUCUAUUGUUGAAGCUAGUGUUGAUUCAUAUCAAUUAGAUCAUGGUCGAUAUCAAUAUUCAAUAACUGCUCGAUUAAAUAAUGGCAGAAUAAGAUAUUUAUAUCGAUAUUAUCAAGAUUUUUAUGAUUUACAAGUGAAAUUAUUAGAAUUAUUUCCUUAUGAAGCUGGGAGAAUUGAAAAUUCUAAAAGAAUAAUUCCAUCUAUACCAGGACCUUUAAUUAAUGUCAAUGAUUCAAUAUCAAAAUUACGAAGAGAAAAAUUGGAUUAUUAUUUAUCAAAUUUAAUUGCAUUACCUAGUCAUAUAUCUCGAUCGGAAGAAGUAUUAAAAUUAUUUGAUGUUUUAGAUAAUGGAUUUGAUCGAGAAACUGAUGCUAUUAAUAAACGAUUUUCUAAACCAAUAAGUCAAAAAUCAAAUUCUCAUCAAGAUAGAUUAUCUCAAUAUUCCAAUUUUAACGUUUUACAACAACAACAACAACAACAGCAACAACAGCAAUAUGCUCAUCAUUCAAGAGGUUCUGAUAAUUCACCUACUAAUGAAUCAUCAGGUUCAAAUUUAAUUAAUUCUUCUUCUCAUAAUGAUUCAUCAUUAUCUUCAUCACCACCACCACCACAAACUGUCACCACCACGAACACCACCAUAACCACUGACUCCUCAUCAAAACAACCAAAAGUCAAAGUGAAAUUUUAUUUUGAUGAUGAUAUAUUUGUAUUAUUAAUCCCAACCAAUUUACGAUUACAAGAUUUAAAAUCAAAAUUAUUUAAACGAUUAGAAUUGGAUAUUACUUAUAAAUAUGAAAAACCUGAUCAACAACAAAAACCUACAUCAGAAUCAAUUCAUUUAUUUUUGAAAAAUGAUUUUGAAGAUUUUUUAAUUGAAAAUGAAACUAGCAACAACAACAAUCUGGAAAUUGAUUUCGAAAAUGAAAUUAUUAAAGAAAAAUUAGGAGAAUUUGAAGUUAAUGAUGAUGAAAAAUUUCAAAGUAUUUUAUUUGAUAAAUGUAAAUUAAUGGUUUUAGUAUAUUAA